GACAUAAUUCAUUCCGUAAAAUGAUUAAUAUUGUGUUCGUUGCUUUUCACCAACAUCCAGCUGUACCGGAGGACACAACGCGCUGAGCUCAACCUUGUUAUGCUCAAUACGGCUCACGGAAAGUCAGAGGUCGUCCUGUGAGACUACAAAUAUCGUCUCGAUGCAUGACUUUAUCAGCGUCAAACGCCAUGGACAGCAUUGCAGAAGACCUCGCCAGCUAUCUCGUACAGCAACUCAAACUUAAAGCAGUUGGAGAGCGGCUUUUGGUUGCUAUCGCAGGCGUCCCUGCAUCAGGCAAAUCAACAUUGGCUGAGCUGGUAGUCGCCAAAGUCAACACGCUUUUGGCUGCUGAUAGCACCACGCAUUCUACUUCCGCCAUUUUGGUUGGCUUGGAUGGGUGGCAUCUGACCCGCGCACAGCUAGAUGCUAUGUUAGAUCCUAAAUUCGCGCAUGAUCGUCGCGGUGCACACUGGACUUUUGACGGACCAUCUUACGUUGGGUUCGCGAAGCUUUUACGCCAACCAGCAGCUGCUGUGAUAACUGCCCCUUCUUUUGAUCAUGCCCUGAAAGAUCCUACCCCUCAUGCUGUAUCGAUAUACCCUUCCCACCGCCUGGUUGUGAUCGAGGGUUUAUACUCCAUGUUAAAGCACGACAUAUGGGAGCAGGGUGCACAGCUAAUGGACGAACGAUGGUGGAUACAGGUAGAUUUGGAGGAAGCGAAGCGGCGGUUGGUCAAGAGGCACGUCCUCACGGGCGUGGCUAAAGACAUGGAAGAGGCAAUAUGGAGAGCCGGGCAGAAUGAUGAACCAAAUGGGAAGUUCAUUGCGGAAAAUCUAUAUGAACCCACAAGGAUCAUCAAGAGCUUGGACGACCCCAAGUAUACCCUGUGACCUACUGCGAAAAUGUAAAUCUCACUUCUUCGAAUGCAAAUUCUUGACUUCUGGGACUUGGUUCACCCGCCGAUAAACCCCCGAUAAGGACAGAGUUCCCCUUCACACCAAUUACAGUAUU